AUGUCAGAAACCCUUCGGUCUACCCUGACUCGACAACCAGAAAGUUUAGCAAUAGGCAAAGAUGGUUCUCUCUAUGUGUCGGAUGCGGAAUCUUAUAGUGCCAAACGAUGGAGACAAGGAGAGACAGCCGGAACAAUAGUUGCGGGCGGGCGUGGUUCUGGCUCUCGUCUGGAUCAAUUACAUAAUCCUACGUUUAUUUGGGUUGAUGAUAAUUAUUCUCUGUAUAUAAAAGAUAAAGAGAAUAAUCGUAUCGUAGAAUGGGGAAAAGAUACAACCGACGGACCUGUUUUAACAGAUGCAAAUAAGCAUACUAUAGGAAAAGUCUUUACAGGAAUAGCGAAGGAUCAUCUGGGUCAACUGUAUGUCUCAGAUUGGUGGAAUCGCCGAAUAUUGCACGUUGGUGCAGAGGGUGAUGCGCGAGAGAAAGUUGUUAUUAAUGAUAACGGUAAAGGAAGAUGGUUAGGGUACGUAAAUAAUCUUACAGAUUUAUUCUUUGAUCGUCAAGGAAAUUAUCGAGUACAAAAAUUCAAAAUUGACCUGGACCAGAAAUUAUAA